GCAAAAAUUUUAAAGGAGGGUUAUUAUGAAAAGUAUUAGCAACAAUUUUAAUGUGGUGUUCAGGAAUUUAAUAUUCAUUGUCUUCUAGUUAUAGUUGGGGAUUCAUGAAUGAUAGUGAAGCAAUGGUUGUGCAAGUGAAGUGUUGGGCAGCAAACCAAACAGGUCGCAUGACACGUGGGUAAACUCAAUUGGAUGUUUGUAGAUAUGGAUAUAUCUACUAACGGGUUUUCAUUUUCCAAUCUAUCCACGGUGUGUGGUGCAUAGAUUGACAAUGCGACAUACUUUCCCAUUUGUAUGAAAUAAACAAAGUGUGGACAGAAGUUGGCUACCCAUACUAGGAAACCUGAAUCGAUAUUGAAGAAAAAUGGCAACCAUUAUUGCUGGCACCUCAACAUCUUCAAUCAUCCGCACAGGUCUUGUGCACAAGCAACCUCUUGGAGUCUCAUUCCAGACCGUAGUUGGAUUGCCAUCAAUGGCUAAGGUUGGAAGAGUGAGGUGUUCCUUUGAAGGAAAACCUGAUGUGCAAGAAAGCAGCUCAAACAUAGGAAUGGGAACAUCCUUGAUAGCAGCUAUCUCUGCUGCAACGUUAUCAAGUCCAGCAGCCAUGGCUUUGGUAGAUGAGAGAAUGAGCACCGAAGGAACUGGUCUUCCCUUUGGGCUUAGCAAUAAUCUUCUUGGUUGGAUCUUGUUUGGUGUCUUCGGUCUUAUCUGGUCUCUCUAUUUUAUCUACGCUUCCUCCCUUGAAGAGGAUGAUGAUUCUGGAUUGUCUCUGUAAAAAGUCCAAAAGAUAUGCACCUUCGAAAUUGCACACAGUUCAGUCCUUUUUUGUUGAAUUGAAAAACUACUUAAACUUCUGCUUCACAAUAUGUAUGAUUCCUAUUUUUUAUUUUACUUUUUGGAAUAUGAUUCCUCUUUUCUGGUACUUUCAAAUGGCCCAUUCUUUCUGUAUUUUUGAUGUUUGUUUGACUAGCUUUGAGAACCUGUUCAAUGGCUCAUGGAGGAAAUUUUCAUAACUAUA